AUGAAGUGGAUACUGUUCUUUGGGGACCUUAUUGGGUCCAGCAUCUGUGGCCAAGAAAAGUUUUUUGGGGACCAAGUUUUCAGGAUUAAUGUCAGAAAUGGAGAUGAGAUCAGCAAACUAAGUCAGCUAGUGAAUUCAGACAACUUUAAGCUCAACUUCUAGAAAUCUCCCUCUACCUUUGGUCAUCCUGUGGAUGUCCUGUUCCCUUCUGUCAGUCUGCAGCCAGUCAAAUCCUUCCUGAAGUCCCAAGGCUUAGAGUACUUGGUGACUGUUGAAGACCUGCAGGCCCUUUUAGAUAAUGAAGAUGAGGAAAUGCAAUACAAUGAAGGUCAAGAACGGAGCAGUAAUAACUUCAACUAUAGAGCCUAUCAUUCCCUGGAAGCUAUUUACCAUGAGAUAGACAGCAUUGCCAGAGAUUUUCCUGACUUGGCGGGCAGGGUGAAGAUUGGGCAUUUAUUUGAAAACCGGUCAAUGUAUGUACUGAAGUUCAGCACUGGAGAAGGCAGGCAGCAGCUGACCAUUUGGCUGAAUUCAGGUAUCCAUUCCCGGGAGUGGAUCUCACAGGCCACGGUGAUCUGGACUGUAAAGAAGACUGUAUCUGACUAUGGGAAGGAUCCAGCCAUCACCUCCAUCUUGGAGAAAAUGGACAUUUUCUUGUUGACUGUGGCCAAUCCUGAUGGAUAUGUAUACACACAAACUCAGAACCGAUUAUGGAGGAAGACAUGGUCUCUAAAUCCUGGAAGCUCCUGCGUUGGUACCGAUCCAAAUAGAAAUUGGAAUGUUAGUUUUGCAGGAGAGGGAGCCAGUGACAGCCCUUGCUCCGAAGUAUACCGUGGAGCCCACGCCAGUGCAGAAGUGGAGGUGAAACUGGUGGUAGAUUUCAUUCAAGAACGUGGGAAUUUCAAAUGCUUCAUCGACCUGCACAGCUACUCACAGCUGCUGACGUAUCCACGUGGGUACAUGGUCAAAAAGGCCCCGGAUGCAGAUGAGCUGGAUGAGGUGGCAAGGUGUGUAGCCAAAGCUCUGGCUUCGCUGUCAGGCACUGAGUACCAAGUGUGUCCUACCUGCACCACUGUCUAUCCAGCUAGUGGCAGCAGUGUUGACUGGGCAUAUGAUAAUGGCAUCAAGUAUGCAUUCACUUUUGAGUUGAGAGAUAUUGGGCACUAUGGCUUCUUCCUGCCAGCCAACCAAAUCAUCCCCACUACAGAGGAGACCUGGCUGGGGCUGAAGACCAUCAUGGAGCAUGUGUGGGACAACCUCUCCUAG